CAGUAUCUGUGAAGAAUGAUGAAGGCCAUGCUCCCACUGUGCUUGCUGGUGGCCAUGCUUCACCUCAGUGUCCACAGUCUGACCCAGACUGGUCACCACACUGACCAGCCCGAGGCAACCGACACCCAGGAGCAGCAUUCUCUCGAGGUAGAUCCUCUUGAGUCCUGCCAAAGGAUAAUCCCGAGCAAUACAGACUUUGCCUUUCACUUUUACAGGCAAGCAACCACUCAAGAACCUGACAAGAACGUUUUCUUUUCCCCAGUCAGCAUCUCUGCUGCCCUUGCCCUUCUGGCCCUGGGCUCCCGAGGCAGCAGCCAGGCUCAGCUGCUGGAAGGACUGGCCUUUAACCUCAGCAGCAUCCAGAAGGAGGAGAUACACCACGGCUUUCGUCAGCUCCUCCGCUUGCUGAACUGCCCAGGCAGCCAGGUGCAGCUGAGCAUGGGCAACACCCUGUUCAUGGACAAACACCUGAAGCCAAUGAAAACCUUUCUGAAGGACAUCAAAAAACUCUACAGAGGAAAAGUUGUCUCUAGUGGCUUCCAGAAUUCCACUGAAGCUAAAAGAGACAUCAAUGACUAUGUAAAGAAUAAAACCCAUGGGAAUAUAAACCAAGUACUUGAGGACCUUGAUCCAAACACUCUGAUAGUAAUUGUUAACUACAUUUAUUUCAAAGCUUACUGGGAAAAUCCUUUCAAUAUUAAGGGGACUCACAAGGACUUUUUCCAUGUGAAUGCAAAGACCUCAGUUGAAGUGGAGAUGAUGACUCGAGAUGGAUUUUAUAAAGCAUACUCUGACAGGAAGCUGUCUUGCAAGGUGGUGCAGAUUCCUUACAAGGGAGAUGUUACAGCAUUGUUUAUCCUGCCCAAGAAAGGAAAAAUGAAACAGUUGGAAAGUGCCCUGACAAAAAACACCAUUUCUAAAUGGGAAAGAUCUCUUCAAAGAUGGAGGAUGGAAUUGCAUAUUCCAAAAUUAUCAAUUUCAGGCACCUAUGACUUAAAGAGGAUCUUAAUGAAUCUGGGUGUAACCGAUGUGUUUUCUAACCAGGCUGAUCUGUCUGGAAUCACAGGAAACCGAAAUGUGAAGGUUUCAAAAGCUACUCACAAGGCCCUGCUGAAGAUCCAUGAGAAUGGCACAGAGGCUGCAGCAGCCAGCAGCAUAGAUUUUCUUCCUCAUUCUGCCCCUCCCAUUGUUAAAUUCAAUCAUCCAUUCUUGCUGCUGAUUGUUGAUCAGUAUACUCAGAGCAUCCUCUUCAUGGGAAAAAUUGUAAACCCAACUGAAAAAUGACUGGUCAGUGGCUGGUCUUAUUGGUUUGAAUUGCAUUUUAUGGAAUUGUUGUCCAUUGAGAUUAAAAUUAUAUCCCAACAGUUAUUAACAAUUUUCUUUUUCCAAAGAAUCAGGAAAGAGUGCAGUCAUUCUUAGAAACAUUCAUUUUGCUUCGUCCUUCCACAGAAAAUAACCACUGAGAUAUACCUAUUAGUAAAUAGUGAAGAAUUUGAUACAUCAGCCUUUUAGUGAUCAGUGCCAUCUUUGAAAAUCAAGGUAAUGUCCAGCUGAGAGACUCAGUUGAAAGUUUUAUUUACUGUAAAUAAAUAAAAAUUUGACUGGAUAAAUCCAAAUGAAUUCUCUGCAAACUACAGGUUGGCUUCUGAUAUUGGGAGAGUUUCCAGUAGAAGGGAGGCACAUCUACAAAUUACACACUGGGAGAGUCAGUCACUUUAGACCAGGCCUAGACACUUCCUCUGAAGGUCAAGUCUUAUUCCAUGGCCAUUAAUGUAACAAACUCUACACAAAAAUCCUAUGUGGAAGCACUGCUGGGAAAUGUUUUAGUUGGCUAGACAUCCAAAAGUUUCUACUGGCAUUGCAUUAUAGAUUUAAUCUUGUAUUUCUUGUAAAUAGAAGUCCCUUGUGGAUGUUCAAAAGGGACAGGAUAUGAAUACCUGGAAGGGGGAAGAACAAACAGUGAGAUUAAUCCUAUCUCGAGAGUGUACAUCUAUGCUGGUAAAUAAAGAGCUCUAAGAUCUGUUCUCUAACCAUGAGGUCAGCUGGCUUAUCACGGGUCAUAUCUACAUUGCUUAAUUCUGACCCUGCAAGGCAUCCCAUCUACUUAUUGGAAAUGGGCCUUGGCCUGUGCUAACUCCAAACAUAUGCUUAGCACUUGUUUGGAAGAAUCCUAUGGUGGCAUGUGUCUGAAACUGUUCUAAAAGUACAAGAAUGUGCCUGCAGGCUGAUGGCCAGGUCUGUUCCCCAGAACUGCUCUGUGUACUGCAACAAAUGGAGCCAGAGUGAACAACAGAGGAGAGGGAAAGUGUCCCUUCACCACUCAGCCCUACAAGCUCCUCUCUGCUGGCAAUUUGCAUAUUUUUGAAUAACACUAAGUCCCAGGUGAUGCUGAUAGGCCUUCACAACUGCUUCUCAGAAAUGAGGGAACUGGAGACCCUGAUGUGAAGUAAGAUUUGGCAGUUCAAUAAAAGCCCUUCAAAACUAUGUCAAGUCACAGACUGCGAGGCUCCCAUGUAGUUAGCACAAAUGUGUUUUGGUGGUCUCUCCUGAUUUGUCCUGUGCAUUUGCUGUAAUUGUGUAUGUUUAUUUUCACAGUAAAUAUGAGUGCUUAUUUUCAAAAGGCUGCUCCUCAUUAAUGAUUUGUGGUGUUCCUCAGCUGAUACCACAAUGC